AUGUAUCGAAGUGUCCUUCGUCGUCACGCCAGUCGAAUCUUGAGUGAGGGUUCUACCCAUCGCCAAUCUCUGAUACACCGAUCAUCUACCACGUCUCGUUUCUCCCGUGCUCUGUCCACAAAAGGCGGCGGCGGCGGUGGUGGUUGUGGUGGAGGAGGCAAUAAGAACCACCCAAAGGAAAAGUUUCCAAUGCCCGACCGGGACAAAGAAAUGCAUCUAGCCUCCAUUCAAUCGGAUAUUACCGAGCUUUACAAACAAGGAAACUUUCCGGAGGCGCUCAAAAUAUCCAAAAAACUAUUGAAAGAAACAGAAGCUCAUUUUGGAAGAGACCAUCCUGCAACGGCCAGUGCCUACAACAAUUUGGGAUUGAUGCAAAAACUUUUGGGUGACUUUGGUGAAGCAAGGCAACAUUAUUCACGGGCCAUGCGAAUUUAUGGAAAGGUGGUUGGUAGAGAUCACGCUAGUUAUGCCAUGACAUUGCACAAUCUCGGGACUUUGUCCAAAUCACAAAUCCAUUUUGAUACUUCUCUCAAGGCAACGGAACGAUUGUCCUUGGUAGAGCAAGCCUUGGAACAAUUGGAGGAAGCUUGGGAAAUUCGCAAGGUAGAACUGGGAGAGGAACAUCCACUUACAGUGGCAUCAAGGUCGGGGUACGGUUCAACUCUGGCGGCACAAGUCUUGCACCAACACAAAUUGGUGGAAUUGAAACCAGAUGACGAUUCAAUAUCAUUAUCACAAUCUACAACAUCAACGACAACAGCAGCAACAACGACAGAAGGUGAAUCAUCGGACGAAUUCAAAUCCAAACCCAAAUCGCAACAUCAACAACGACGGUACGUCGCUCUCGGUCCUCAGACCGUUACCGACAAGGGAUGGAAUGCGGCCGAAGAGCAUUUGCGGGAGUCUCUGGUGACUUCGAUUUACAAUCCACGAGGAAGAAGUGUGCAACAAAAGGGAAACAAGAAAAAGAAGAAACAACCCAAGAAACAAAGUAAAAAGGAAGACAUUGCUAGCGAAAUUGAAACCCUAUCGGCCGCUGCAGCUGCCCAGAAUCUUGCAGUCUUUUUGAAAUCCCGAGCCAUGACAGAGGUCCCGUAUAAUGAGGAUCGAUUACAAGAGGCUCAUGCCUUGUAUUCACAGGUCGAAUAUGUUCGCACCCAGCUACUUCCGGAAAAGCAUCCCGACUUGUACGCCACGAAAUACAGUUUGGCCGAGUUGCUCGAAGCCAUGGGAGAAGAAGACAAGGCUAAUGCAUUGCGACAAGAAAUUGUGGAUACCUAUGAUCCCCCAUCGGAAGAAGAGUUGGCGAAACAAGAGGCAGACGAAAAAGAAGAGGAAUCAUCAUCACCAGAUAUGGUGGUCAAGAUUGACAAGACCAUGGCAUCAAAGCCGUAA